CGAACCUCACGCCUUUAUGCGUACAAAAACAAACGGAUAAAGCACAGGAGAGACGGAGAGAGAGAGAGAGAGAGAGAGAGGGAGGAGGAGGAGAAGGAGGAGGAGGAGGAGAAGGAGGAGGAGGAGGAGGUGGCGCUCCGGUACGAGAAACAGCGGCGCUUUCGCCGGAAAUUUGCGCGAACUGUGAUUCAUCGAUUGGGGAUCUCGAUUGUAGCUGGAAUUCUUCUGUGCUGGUGCUUGAUGAUCAUAGGGUAUGCGUGUACUGGACCGUGUUCGACGCUCAGCUCUGUCUCUCGACCCACGGGAGUCAGUCGCUUAGGACUUGAUCUCGUGGUGCGGUCUGGUGACCCAACAAAAAAUUUUUUCAAGCUGAGGGUUGAUGUGACACAUUUUGGAGCAAAAUCAAUUAAUCUGGUUGAAAGUUAUGGACCAAAUGCAUUGGGAACUGUUAUUGGCGAGCCACAAAUACUAUACCUAUCUCUGAUGCGCGAUCGGGGCCUCUUGGAUGCUCUUAAAUUGUGCUUUUGCUUCAUUGUGUUUCCUAAUUUCUCUGUCACAACCCACUCAUUUACUCGAUUAGCCUCAAGUAGUCCUAUGAUCGCUGCCUUCGAUCGGUGUAGAGACAUGACGUUCUCAAACAGUAUCCAGAAGACGAGCAGAUGCGUAGACCUGUGGACAAACUGGAUCUUCGUGCCUUAUAACCGAGAGCGCAUUGAGAAUGGUGAUGCAUGCGGGAAGAUAUAUAGCUAAUGGUCUUGGAAGAUGGACUUCUGGGACCAAGAUUGUUGCUGGGAUUAUUAUGCAAUAAAAGAAAAAGAAUUGAAGUCCACUAAACUCGGGUGUGAGUUGUUGACUAGUGACAAACCAUUGAAGCCAAAGAAUGAGCACGUCGAGGAGCCAACUUCCUGCUCGACACCAAAGUGAUAGUGAAGAGACAUCUCUUGGAGUCGAGUCAUCAAACAUUCAUCGGCAUUCACUGCAAAAUUUGAAAUCUCAUUUAGUUAUUUGAAAACAAGUUCUUAAACCAUGUGAAGCUGUAAUUUGUAUCAUCUUCUUCCUUUUCAUUAUCCUUUUCUAUCUGUUUCAUCGCUUUAUCCGAAACCAUCCAGCUUCGUUGUUGUUAGAUAAUGGUCUUUAUGACUAAGAAGCUUUUCUAAUAUUUGAUGAACUUCUAGUGUUUUAUGGCUUAGUUAACUCGGCCUUACCAAAUUUCCACCUA